AUGGAACAAUCGCCAACAAAAACGCGUUGUUCAUUCAUUCCAUUCACCACUUUUAUUGAUCCACUGUUUUGGAAUGAAGUGAAUAGACUUAAAAUUAAUGAAUGGAAAUUGGAUGAAUCGCCUAAAACUAUUCAUUGCAAUUUAACAUUUCAUGGAUCUCAACCUUCUGACAGUUUAUUAUGUUUUGAUCACGAAUCUUUAAAAAAUGUUUCUGAAGAUAAUGUUAAAAUUAAUUCUGGAAUUUAUAAUGUUGAGGGAACUUUUCUUCUUUUAAACACGAAGAAAGCUUUUUUGGAAUUGGACAGAACUAUUUUGUUGAAGAAUAUUGCUGAAACUUUGUGGACUUUAAUUACAACAAAUGAAUGGUUAAAAAAGCCAGAUGCCCUAAAUACUUUUUAUUUGACUGCAUUUGCAGAUGUCAAAAAUUUUUCAUAUUAUUUUUGGAAUUGUAUUCCUGCCUUGCUCUUUCCUGAAAAUAUUCACCAAACAUCCCAAUUUGAAUCACCAAAUAUUGAAUUACAUUCAUUAGCCUUUGAAUUUCUCGUUUCUAAUAAUGGAAAACCUUUUAUUCUAACCAACGAUCAAAAGACAUUAAAAUUGGAAGAAUUGGGUGAACAAACAUCCCCCGAUGACUUUUUAUUUGUUUUUCCAAAUCCUUCAGAAGUUCAAGAAAAAUUUGGAUGGCCAUUGAGGAAUUUACUUGCAGCUAUAGCUUAUUUAAAGCAAUUUAAUUUUUAA